AUGUACGACUCCUACCGUCCCCACCCUCUCCUCGCCCAGGUCCCACUGACAGUCUCACCUUUCAUCAACCUCCCCCCCUCCGUCACACUCCCAUACACAUACAAAUCGGUCUCUUCGAUCCUCCCACCAUCAGUAACAGUCGACCCGAGCAAUCUCGAUGGCAAAGCGCGCUAUGUAGUCUCUUCCAGUGGCGAGCACGCAGCCCACCCAGACGACAUCCUGGCCGCGUGUCAAUCCCUCGAACAACACCUAAACAAGACGCGCAACGAUGCCGACCAGGCCAUCAAAGCAUGGAAGGAGUCAAUUCAGCAGCGUGAAUUGGCCGAGAAGAGACGCGUAGCGCCUGGUUGGCUUGACCGCGAGGAGAAGUUGCUUCAGCCGAGUCGCGCCAGUGUCUCUCCCGGUUCUCAGGGUGAGGCUCAGCCGAGCUUGCUGGAUAGCUCUACUCCCGACCAGGGCUCUUCUCAAUUGCCGACUAUGGUGCCGCACGACGAGGGAGAAGAGCUAGACAGAGCGUUUGGUGGCUUGGGUGUGAAAUGA